UUCCCUUUAGAAUUAACAUAUAACCUUAGAACGACUAUGUUGAAACUCAAAUUUAACUUACUUCUACUCUGUGUUAUAUUUUUCACUACAUUUGCAGAGCCUGGAGAUGAUUUCGAUUUUGACAUUUAUGAAGAUGUUCCUGAAGCUGGAGCUGAAAACGAAGCAGGAGCUGAAAAUGUAGCUGGAGCUGAAAAUGUAGCUGGGACCGAAAAUGAAACCGAGAAUGUGGUUAAGGACAAACCGACGAUGUUAAAUGAGGAACCAAGCGAGAUUGCAGACAAUCGUGCAAAAAUGGAUUGUUAUUGCCAGGGAGUAUUAGAUAUGAUCGAAAAAGUAAAAUCAUUUCGAUCCGAUUUUUUGUAUAAGACCGUGCGUUUCAAAUCCCAAGAAACCUUUGAACUAACUGCAGGAGCAGUGCAAAAUAAAUUAAAAGAAAUUUCGGAUGACCUCUGUUCGGGGUUCGAUAAGUCUAGUCUCGAAGAAUUUAUUAAGUUUUAUUUUGAAAUGGUUGCUACAUUUCAAAUUUCAAUGAUUGAAAAGUUUUUAAGACUUGAGUAUAUUCGAAAAAUAAUGUAUAACUUUUAUAAUGAGAUAUUUACUUGUAAAGCGAACAUGCUGAAAUGCACAUUUGACGUUGACUGGCAAUAAAACUAUUAUAAAAACUGAA